AUGCUGUCUGAUCAUCCCACUUCUUCGACGACACAACAGCCCUUUUCGAGCCCACAACCAGCCCCCAUACAACAAGCCGCAUCACCCCCAACGAAGCAGAGUUUGAAGAGCUGGUGGAAGACAUUUCGGCCCCCUGCUAGGACUCAGGAACCCAGUACUGGUAAAGACCCCCCAAAGUUUCUUUUGUUGAAGGCCCAGAAACAAAGUGAGGAUCUGGGCCAUUCUCUCUAUGCCAAUUUUGUUUCCAAUCUGCCGAGAAAUUUGGAUCCUUUAUUCAAGGAGAAUCCAAUGCACAACAAUUCAUCAAUAGUAGACGGUAUUCCAGAGUUUGCGACAGAUAUAAUGCCAGAAGCAGACGAAUUAGCGACAAAGACACAAUCAAGCACAACAACUUUCACAGGACAUGCACAGUCUCUUCACGAGUACAAAUCUAGGAGUCUUCUCUGGCCGUCAACUUCCAGUUUAGUGUCUGGAAAGCAUAUUUUGAUGGACAAUUCUCAGCUCAAUUCCAACUAUGAAACUAGACACCCCCAGUCAACAAGUGGCAUAAAACGAAGAAAGAGAAGUUCUUUCAGCAAAAAGCUGUCCAAGGAUAUAGCAGCUAAGCAGCGUUCCAAAAUCCGUAUUCAAAACAAUCAUAGCCAGUAUAUAAAGCAGCGAAGCACCAACUCUCUAAGCAGAAGUCAACAAUUGCUAAACUUCUGUCGUUAUCAUCACAUAAAAUUCAGCUUGUUAAAAUUGGUAACAAUGAUAAAAUCGAAACUGACAAAAGAAACUCCAGAAUCCCAACCAACAGGUAUAUUUGGUGUACCUUUGCGACAGAGUAUCGCAUAUGCAAAUGUCGCUAUCUCCCUCGUCGAUGCCCAAGGACAAAGCUACAUAUAUGGUUAUGUACCAAUAGUAGUUGCAAAGUGUGGAGUUUAUUUGAAAGAGAAAGCAACUAAUGUAGAGGGAAUCUUCCGGCUCAGUGGCUCGGAAAAGCGCAUCAAAGAAUUAAAAAUAAUUUUUGAUUCUCCUGAUCGUUAUGGAAAAGGUCUUGAUUGGGCUGGGUACACAGUUCAUGAUGCGGCAAACGUGUUACGAAGAUAUCUUAAUUUACUACCAGAGCCAAUUGUCCCGCUUGAUUUAUAUUCGCGAUUUAGAGAGCCUUUAAGAGGUCAUACUAUGGCAGCAGUUGGCGACAGUGAUGGUAGCCCCCAAUUUUCUGACAAUUUCGAUGUCAAUAAGGCCAUCAUUACUUACCAGCAACUAAUCACCGAAUUACCACCAUUGAAUCGUCAGCUACUAUUAUACAUUCUCGAUCUUCUAGCAGUUUUUGCCUCAAAAUCGGAUGAAAAUAGAAUGACGGCAGUCAACCUCGCAGCCAUCUUCCAGCCUGGUAUGCUUUCACACCCGGAACACGACAUGGCACCUGCAGAGUAUCGUCUAAGUCAAGACGUACUAAUUUUCUUGAUUGAGAAUCAAGAUCACUUCCUGAUUGGGAUGAGAGGUACAGCAGCGGACGAGCAGACUUUAAAUGAAGUUGAGCACGGUACUCCUCCCCCAGGAACUCCCACUACACCUGGUAGAUCGAAGAACGCGAUUGGAAGAUCCGCCUCAAAUGCUAGCGCUGGAGCUGAUAGUGUGCGCAAGUUCGGUGGCAUUCGACGUAAUGUAUCUGUCUCGUCCCGUCAUUCGCGACAGUCGAAUGGUGCACCCAGCCCGGCAAGUCCAGCUUAUGGUAUUGCACUUACUUCUACAUCCAGCGGUGGUGUUCAUCGAAGCAAUACUGUACCUUCAAAAAAAUCUCCUGGAUUGCCAUCAUCUCGAAUGCACAAAAAUUCUGGCCCACCCUCGCCAUCUCCAGUUGGCCUAACUGCCAAUCGUUCCUACGGACCUCGAGGUCUUUCACCUGCGCCUCCUCCAUCUUCAGGCCAUCUAUCGCCCUCUCCAGCUUUAGCACUCAAUACGACUACCGAACCAACCCUCACCGAUUCAGGCCAUACUGUGACGAGCCAGGAGCGCCUGAUUCCUGAAUCAAAUGAGCGCUCUCCUGAGGUCUCUACUCCAUCUAGAAUUGUUUCAAACCUGUUUCAGCGAUCACCUACGGAAAGUACCGAUAGACGACAACCUAACAAGCUAAGGAAGAAACGCGUUCCAGGAAGCUCAAAUCUUAGCGCUCAGAGCUCGACAAAUUCUUUGAAUGGGCGAUCAUCUUCAAUAUCCCCGGGCCUCCAUGCAUCUCACGGUAACUCGGAUCAUGCAGAGCAUCCUCAUCUGGAACAUUUGUCCACAUUAAACCCGAUAUUGUCCAAUACGCAAGCUACACCUCCCGCUACAGAAACCCCGCGUGCUGAACAGCCUCCUCAUUUUACACCUAUGCGGCCAGAGGAUCCUCACCACCCAUCUGAUAGAACCUUGCGCCCGGUCAUAUCACCUGUAUCUUCCUUACAUUCUCACUCAUCUUUCAAUGAUCAAUCGGAUCUUGAUCAUGGAGAAGAUCCUGCUUUCGCUGAGGCAAGAGAAAGACGUUCAAUGUGGCGUCUAUCGCGGCGCAGGGAUGACUCAAACACACUGGGAGCUACACUAAGUCCCAACAAAAAUGGGUCAGAUAGUGGUGCCGGUGCGAGUUCAAGUUCUGUAGGCAGCUCAGGCAGACCUCGAAAGAGUUUCACUGGCGAUACCGUGCCUGUUGGGCCUGACUCAGGAUUACCCCAUGCGCAAAUCAUGUCCAGCAAUGAUAGUGGAUCUGUCGCGCCCGAAGAGAGAAGAGGACCCCUAGGUUGGAUCAAAAGCAAGAUGCGAGAGAAGCGGGACGAGAGUAGGGAGAAGGAUGCUGAGCGAGAACGUAAUAAAAGCCCGCCUGGCGACCGGCCAUCUAACAUCAGUUCUUCGGCCCUAGCCCCGCGUGGCAAGAGCAUAGACGUCAAUAGAGGAGAAGAAUCUGAGCGUCUCAACGGGAGAGAGCAUAACUUAUCCUAAUAAUAAUUCGACGAGGUGACGAGAUGGUUAUCAGAUUAUUUUCAGCAUUUCAAAGCACAUUUCAUUUACUCGGAGUCCAAUCUACGACAGCUCUAAUAGGCUCGCUGUCUAUUGGUUAUAAAGAUCGGUGCCCCCGAUCAUGACACGUCUUUCCCACCCGAUUUCUGUUACAUGCGUGCAUUUGUCCCUUUUUGUUUGCGCCUCCACAGAAACCCAUCUUAAUAAAAAUGAUGGGAUUUUUCCGUUGAUCAUGGCUGUGGUUGGUGAUGUUAUAUUUGAGGAUUCGGGUUUAUUUUGAGUGCAUUGCCUCGUGGAAUUAAGGAUUUAUCAUUUGUCGUCGAGAUUUUCACCCUUCCAUGUUCUAUAUAGAAGGAUGGUAUAAAGAAGAAAAUAGGAAGGGUAUAAAUGGGUGAAUUGUGACAAUCACGAGUUCGAUGAUCUGAUGAAUUACUGGUACUGGCAAGGGAGUUUGUUUUUUUUCUUGAAUGCUUUUACAAAAAUCAAAACGAAUCAAGUCUUCAAUCUUCUGGGCUUUCGGGGAGCAGGACAUAUCCUUAUGGGGUCAUGAGGAUGCGACGAAAACAUGAAGCCAUAAGGAUAAGCUUGAUACGACUCUUAUGAUUGGGAUGGAUCGGAUGAAGGUUUGGCUGGGUUUGGGAAAGAAUGUAUAGGGUAUUAUGAAUAUAACGGGAAUGGGGAAAUGAUGGAUAGAGACUUUCAAGUUCCUACCUUUUUUUGUGUGUGAUAGGUUUGACCAUUUGGUGGUGGUGUGGAGGGAUCAAGAAAAUGAAGUUGAGAAGUCGAAGAUGUUUUAAGAUGGGACGAAAUGUUCAAUUCUUUUGUAUGUAUUUUGAAGUAAUUGUGAAUGAGUAAAUGGAAGAAGGGACUUUUGAUAUAUAUAUAUGUAUAUUUAUGUAUGAUGACUUCACUUUUGAGGAGCUGAAUAAGACUGAGAAUGAGAUUGAGAUAGAUAGUCUACCUACCUAGUAUACUUGUAGCCAAAAUCGUCAUCGUCAUCGUCAUCGUCAUAGGAGAUACUUAGGUAGGUGGGAGAUAGUAGGUAGCAUGCUCUCGAGUCUCGAGAGCUAAGACUCAACCCGUAAAUCAACCGGUACUCCAUUGUCAUUCAUUCUAGCCCGUCCCAUUGACGAACGUAAUUCUACUAUGUAUUCCGUAUUCGUGGCGAAUUGUGAGAUUCGUUUGAGGGUUGGAUGUGUGGAUGUGUGGAUGGGUAGGUAGGUAGGUAAGUAGAUGGCUAUUGUAUUAGUGGUAUGGAAUUGGUGGUGGUGGUGGUAGUGAUGGCGGUGGAUGGACGGAUGGAAGGUAGGAAGU